AGUAUUUGGUGCUGCUAUACUGCUGACAUCCUCCCUCAACAUGCUAAUACCAUCUGCAGCCAGGGUGCACUAUGGAUGUGUCAUCUUCGUUAGGAUCCUGCAGGGCCUUGUAGAGGGGGUCACCUACCCUGCCUGCCAUGGUAUUUGGAGCAAGUGGGCCCCCCCAUUAGAAAGAAGUAGGUUAGCAACCACUUCCUUUUGUGGUUCCUAUGCAGGAGCUGUCAUUGCAAUGCCUUUAGCUGGGAUUCUAGUGCAAUAUACUGGGUGGUCUUCUGUGUUCUAUGUGUAUGGGAGCUUUGGUAUAGUCUGGUACAUGUUUUGGCUUUUGGUUUCCUAUGAGAGUCCUGCAAAGCAUCCAACGAUCACAGAUGAAGAAAGGAGAUACAUAGAAGAAAGCAUUGGAGAGAGUGCCAACCUCCUAGGUGCAAUGGAAAAAUACAAAACUCCAUGGAGAAAAUUUUUUACAUCUAUGCCAGUCUAUGCAAUAAUAGUUGCAAACUUUUGUAGAAGCUGGACUUUUUACUUGCUGCUCAUCAGUCAGCCUGCUUACUUUGAGGAAGUGUUUGGGUUUGAAAUAAGCAAGGUGGGUAUCUUGUCUGCUGUGCCACAUUUAGUGAUGACAAUUAUUGUUCCAAUUGGGGGACAGAUCGCAGACUUCCUAAGAACCAGGCAGAUCCUUUCAACCACUAAUGUGAGAAAGAUAAUGAACUGUGGAGGUUUUGGCAUGGAAGCAACUCUUCUUCUGGUGGUGGGAUAUUCACACAGCAAAGGAGUGGCUAUUUCAUUCUUAGUGCUUGCUGUAGGCUUUAGUGGAUUUGCCAUAUCUGGAUUCAAUGUCAACCACUUAGACAUUGCCCCGAGGUAUGCCAGCAUCUUAAUGGGGAUUUCUAAUGGAGUCGGGACCUUGUCUGGAAUGGUUUGCCCUAUAAUUGUUGGAGCAAUGACAAAGAACAAGACACGUGAAGAAUGGCAGUAUGUCUUCCUCAUCGCUGCUUUAGUUCAUUACGGAGGUGUAAUCUUCUAUGGCAUAUUUGCUUCAGGAGAGAAACAACCCUGGGCAGACCCUGAGCAGACAAGUGAAGAGAAAUGUGGCUUUAUUCAUGAAGAUGAACUUGCUGAAGAAACAGGGGACAUUACUCAGAAUUAUGUAAAUUAUGGUACCACCAAGUCUUACGGUGCUACAACCCAGGUCAAUGGUGGCUGGCCUAAUGGUUGGGAGAAAAAAGAGGAAUUUGUACAAGAGGAAGUACAAGACUCAUACAACUACAAGGCAGGAGGUUAUUCAUAACAAACCUAAAUAUUUGGUAUAUUUUGUAGUGUUUGUGAUUCAAUUCAUUGUGAUUGUUUGCACACGGAAAUAAAAUGUGGUAUAAACAUGUAAACACAUAUCAAACAGGAAGGUCUUACUGUAAAAAAAAAAUACAUCAAAGUGCAAUCUGUAUGAGUUGUGACAUGUUAUCACUUUCAUUAGGUUAUAUUUGUUCUAUAAACAUUAGAGUUUUAAGGGUUUACUGGUCAAAACUAUAGAGGCAAUUAGAUACUUACAGUAUACAAGAGCUAAAACUCAUAACUAAAGAUUAAAGCACAACUAAGCAACCAAGUUGGCACAUCUAAUGCUCUUUUUAGAAAGCCAAAACUACUUGAUCAUUAAAAAUGCACUUAUAUAUUUGUUACACUGUAUUGAAAGAGAUUGUGUUAAGGCACACGUUUACUCAGUGCAAUGUAGGAUUGUGUGUUUAGUCUAAGACAAGAACUUUCUUAGAGAAGAAAGGUUGAGUCCUAGGCAUUUACCAGGAUUGAUCCAGUUCCCUUGAUGGUAAUUGUAUCAAGCCAAAAGAACAAAUAGGGCAUAUUGUAUGUUUAUGGUGAUUACAUGCUGCAGGCUACUCUGUGAUGAAGAAAGGAAUUAUUUAGGAGUUUUAUACUGAAUGUUUGGGCACAAAUUCUUAUUUCUAUUCUUUACAGAACCUCAUGAAAUUGUAGGCAUUGUCAUGUUCUUCCCUGCAUUUAUCAACUAACAUUAAACCAAUAUAUACCAAUAUUAAGUCUGACUUUUCAGGCAGAGUGUCAAAUCCCUUUGUCAAAAAAAAAGAAGAGCUUUAUUACUCUAUUCUUUGCAGUAUAUUCCAAAU